ACAAACACUUCAUCACUCUCAAGAGCUGCCAGCUACAUACAGUUUACGUAUAGUCUCUUUCUAGGCGCUACACACAGCUCCAUUUGUAAGUCAUGGCGUCCCAGGAUAUCGAGAGCCACCGUGCCGGUGCAGAGGUCAUUGCCGGAGACGCCGCAUGCAGGAAGAAGUCUGUUGAGCUGCUGGAGGAGCUCGGCCUCCCCAAGGGCCUGUUUCCAAUGGAGGACAUCCAGGAGUUCGGGUACAACCGAGAGACGGGGUUCAUGUGGUUGGUGCAGAGGAAGAAGAAGGUCGAGCACACGUUCAAGAAGAUCAAACAAACAGUGUCCUAUGCCUCUGAGGUGACUGCGUUCGCUGAGAAAGGCAAGCUAAGGAAGAUCACCGGUGUGAAAACCAAGGAGCUGAUGCUCUGGCUUAGCGUUGUCGAGGUCUAUGUUCCUGAGGCAUUGCUGGACAAGAUCACCUUCAAGACCGGCACCGGCCUGUCUGACACCUUCGAUGCCCCUGCCUUUGCGCUCGGAGAGUAAUCAAAGUUCAGGUUAAAAGUUGUAUGUUACUGGUACUGCAUGGUCGUGUGUAUUUAUCUCUUGUUUUGUAAUUUAACAUGUAUGGUGUGUCAUAUGUGUCGUGGAGUAUUUCAAAUUAUUUUAAAUAAUGGAAAAUAGUUCUGGCUUCAGCCUUCUUCAAAAUGAA